GGUUGUCUGUAUACAGAAAGGAGGAUUAUUCUUAUUCAUUUGAUCAGAAUCUUCAAUGUAUGGAAUUUUUUAAAUGAAGACGUUUAUCUUUUUUUGAGAUUUUUUUUUGUUUUUUAAUUUUUUUUUGCGAGGAUGGCUGAUGGCAGAAACCUAUAAAGCUGGUACUGACUGAGAUAUUUGGUCAAAAGGUGUUCUGGUGCAGCUUUUUGCCGUCACCACCCUCGUGGAGGCUGCAGGCAUGGCGGCUUGACGCCUCCAUAGCCCCGCCCCUCCGACAGAGGAAGGCUGCACAUUAUUGUGUCAUGCCCCCCCCCCCCCACCCCCCUGGGGGCAUCGGCCUGCCCCCACCCGGUUCCACCACCCAUCACCUGGCCAGACCAGUCUUCCUCUGUGUCCUCUGCCUCCUGGCGACGCUGCUGCCGGCAGCCUCCUCCUGCCCUCCUCCCUGUCUCUGCGACUCAGACGGCCUGGUGGUGGACUGCGGGGGCCGGGGUCUCUCCUCCCUGCCUCCCCUUCACCUCCUGCCUCCGGGGAGCCGCUCCCUCCUGCUAGCCAACAACAAGCUCGCCUCGCUAGGAGCCUCUGCCUUCGCUAACCUCUCCUCACUGGAGGAGCUGGACCUCUCGAAUAACUAUCUGGAUAAUUUACCAGCUGGAUUAUUCAGGGACAUGUCCAACCUGACAAGACUGACUCUGCACAACAAUUCAUUAACAGUAAUGGACAGAGAACUCUUCCAGGGUUUGGGGGGUCUUCAGAGUUUGGAUCUGUCCCUGAAUGGUCUGUCCUCUGUUCCUCUGGGACUACUGGAUGAGCUGCAGAGCCUCAGGUGGCUGUCUCUAGCGGGUAACAGGCUUCACGGUUUGGAGAGGGCAGCGUUUGAGCCGCUUGCCAACUUACAACACCUGGAACUGGGACACAACCCCUGGGAAUGUGACUGCAACCUCCGUGAUUUUAAACACUGGAUGGAGUGGCUGCUGUACAGAGGGGGGAAGGUGGACGCGGUGGAGUGCACACUACCGAAGGAUCUGCGUGGGCGAGACAUCCGUGGCGUCCCCGUGGAAAUGUUUAACUACUGCCUCCAACUUGAGGAUGAGAACGGCGGAGGAGGCGAGGGUUCCCGUUCCGGACAAGGAGGUGUUCCUCCCUGCAGCAGGAACGCUCUGAACCCCAGCGGGGCAACGCCAAUUUCUGACAGCAGCAAUGCUGGUGACGACUCUUCAAACACGGGAGGAGGUGGAGGAGGAGGUGGAGGAGGAGACCCCCCAUCAGAUUGCGUCCGAGCACGCUACCGACCCGUGAGCGUACGCCGCGCCAUCGGCACGGUGGUGAUCGCAGGUGUGGUGUGCGGCAUUGUUUGCAUCAUGAUGGUCGCGGCGGCGGCUUAUGGCUGCAUCUAUGCCUCGCUGAUGGCCAAAUACCAGAGAGAGCUAAAGAAGAGGCAGCCGCUGAUGGGAGACGGAGAGGGAGACGGGGAGGACAGGGAGGAGAAACAGAUCUCCUCAGUGGCCUAGAGGAGCGACGGGACGGGGGAGGGUCAGCGUGUGAAAGGGUGAAGGUUGGAAGGGGUGAAAAUUAAAAAGGGCUCAAAGAGGAGAGAGAUGGAAGAGCUUGUUUUAUGCACACAAGACAGUUCUCUCCCACUGACUCUCAAACUGACACCUUUCUCCCACUUUUUGUCUUCCUCUCUCCGUCCUCUUUCUAUUUUUACCCUUCUCCCUCUCUCUAACACAUACACAUACACACACACCUUAUCUGUUCCCUGACUUCCAUUUGAAGCCAUUCUCACUGCAGUAUUUGUUACCAAUCAUCCCUCCAACUCGCCUACCAACCACCUACUGCUGCUCUUGGCUGCUGCUGAACUUACCAUUAUAUUGGCUGAGAGGGGGAAAAAAAAAGAUUUGGUACUCUCUCUAGCAUGAAACAUAUCAUUUAAACUGUUUCAAGACACUCAUGGUCAGUCAGUGUUUGUAAAAUUGGAUCGAUUAUCAGGGAUUUACAGUAUGUAUGGUAUCGAUUGGACCAAUAUUCACAAUGACGAGAAGAGUUUGUGGUGUUACGUAGUGCCCAGCUCUUGUUUUGUUUGCAUCUUUCUCCUCCAAAACUUCUCCAAUGCCAGUGGUUCCUCUGAAAACCCACCCAGAUCCCUUCACCCUCGUCUGGCCUAAUGCUCCUCUGAUGUUCCCUUGGACCUCUAAGACCCAAAGCAACAGCCAAUGUUGGACAUUUUAGAGGAAAUGAGGGAAACUUUAUGAAUAAACACAAAGAGAUGUCAAUUAUAUAGCCAACGCCUCGACUACAGAUAGGAUAGAAAAUCAAACAGAGUCUCCUGAGUCUGUUAGGGGCGUUUAAAAUGAAACAGGAAACCCAUUGGAUCGGCAAAUGGAUGAGACCUUUCAAAUAAAUGAGGUCAGAGACAACUGUUAGAUAUUCUCCCCUAUUUGGACCAGAUCUGUUUCUCCCUGGAUCUUCUCUGCACCUGUAACAUCCUCCAGGUGUCAGAGACUAAAGGGGAACAAACUAUUUAACCUGGAAUUUGCUGUAUUUGUCACUUUUGCUCUGAAUAAGGCUCUUGCUUCCCUUAUGCUUGUAAAAUGACUCUGAUCGAUACAGACAGAUCAAAAGCCUCUUAUCAUGACAAAAAAGCGGUCAAACAAUUUUUCUGGUAUUCCUUGGACUAUGCUGAUAAGUAUUCACAGUUGUGUCAAUGAAGUUAUGGGGAUUUAAAGGACAAAAGACAACAAAUAUUCAUUUACAGACUGAUUUCACCCCUCAGAGGUGAAUGUUUGCUACUACGGCACGGAAGCACUAUCUCAGAGAACCCUGUCUCCCAACAAGGACUACAAAACUUCAUCUGAGGACUACAAACUUCAGACUCCUGCACUUUAUUUCUCUAAUCAAAUCCCCUCUGACAUCCCUCUCUCUCCUCCCUUCCCUCCCUUUCUUUCCUAAAAAGGACGAUUUGCCCAGAGGGAUUAUAACGAAUAAGGGAUUCAACAAAAAAGACGCUGCUAUUUUUCCCCCCUCCUCUCCCUCCUCAUCCUUUUAUCUCUCCAUCCAUCUUUCCAUCUUGUGCUAUUUAUGGAAAGCAUUUCACACUUCCUUAAAGACUUCCUUUCCUUUCAUCCGUCUCACAUAUUGUUGUCCUUGUGUUUUUCCUCAAAGGUCAGCAAUAUGCAAUGAAAGUUUUGUCACCUUAAAAAUUCUGUCACCGCCAAAGAGUCCUUUAGUUAUGAACUUUGUAAUCAUCACUUACUAGAGAUGAAUCUGUUUGAUUAGCACUCUCUCAUUCACAAAAAAAUGUUUGUUUGAUUUACAUAGUGUUUUCAUAAGUAUUCAUGUCAUGAAAUAAUUAUGUAAACUUUCACAUUUUAUGAUUAACGAAGUAGGACACUUGUGAUCUUAAAAAUCUGGCUUUCAUUGCAUAUUGCUCCCCUACAGUAAAACUAUUGUACCCUCUCAAUUUUUAAUUGGCUGGAAAUAAACUAUAUUAACAGUGUGUUAUCUUAUACCUGGGUAUGAUGCAGAUAAAUAUUAUUAUAUUAGUCUCUGAUAUGGUGUGUUGGCCCAGCGUUCCCCCCAAAAUGUUUUUUUUUGAUGUAACUGUUUAUGGUUUUCUGAACUAAUUCAUGAUGUGUGUGUGUUAUGUUGUGUUAAUGACUUCUAUGUUUUGUUUUAGGUUUAAAUAUCUCUGUAAUGUUUGUUUAUUUGUCGUGUUAAUUUAUUUGUAUUCAGUAGUUGGUGAAGUUUCUGAAAGAGAAGUAGAAAGAGUUUGGCCAUUGAGAGUAAAAAAGGGCCCCGA